AUGACAUGGAGCGGACCUCUGCAUCAGCCUAGAGGAAUUAAGCUGUGUCACUCCCCGCUGGGACUACCUUUCUCCUGGUAUGUGCGCAAGGAAUUCACAUGCUGCUGCUUGCCGCCGCCACAGCCACCAGAGCAGAGCCGAGUACACUUUGCCAGAGAGCAGGGAGGGAGAAUGAUAGCUGUCUCUUUUAAAUGCCGCUGUCAGAUCCUAAGGCGACUUACCAAAGAUGAGAGUCCCUACACUAAAUCUGCCAGCCAGACAAAGCCGCCUGACGGAGCAUUGGCUGUGAGGAGACUGAGCAUCCCAGAGGAAUUCAAGGGCUCUACCGUGGUGGAGCUGAUGAAGAAGGAAGGUACCACCCUCGGCUUGACUGUAUCAGGAGGAAUUGACAAAGAUGGCAAACCCAGAGUGUCCAACCUGCGGCAGGGAGGAAUUGCUGCCAGAAGUGACCAGCUGGAUGUGGGUGACUACAUCAAAGCAGUGAACGGGAUCAACCUGGCCAAAUUCCGCCACGACGAGAUCAUCAGCUUGCUGAAAAAUGUUGGGGAGAGAGUGGUCCUGGAGGUCGAGUAUGAGCUGCCACCUGUCUCUGUACAAGGAUCGAGUGUUAUGUUCCGGACGGUGGAGGUCACUUUGCACAAAGAAGGCAACACUUUUGGUUUUGUCAUACGAGGGGGAGCUCAUGAUGACAGAAAUAAGUCUCGCCCGGUUGUGAUAACGUGUGUCCGUCCCGGCGGGCCUGCUGACAGAGAGGGCACCAUCAAACCUGGAGACAGGUUGCUCAGUGUGGAUGGAAUUCGGCUUCUUGGAAGCACCCAUGCUGAGGCCAUGAGUAUUCUUAAACAGUGUGGACAAGAAGCAACGCUACUGAUAGAAUACGAUGUCUCCGUCAUGGAUUCUGUGGCAACAGCAUCCGGGCCACUACUAGUUGAAGUUGCCAAAACUCCUGGUGCCAGCCUUGGGGUUGCCCUAACUACCUCAGUGUGCUGUAACAAACAGGUCAUCGUCAUAGACAAAAUCAAAUCUGCAAGUAUUGCAGACAGAUGUGGGGCGUUGCAUGUGGGGGACCACAUCCUCUCCAUUGACGGCACGAGCAUGGAGUACUGUACACUCGCCGAAGCCACCCAGUUCCUGGCCAACACCACCGACCAGGUGAAGCUGGAGAUUCUCCCGCACCAUCAGACCCGCCUGGCCCUGAAGGGACCUGACCAUGUGAAAAUUCAAAGGAGCAACAGACAACUUCCUUGGGAAUCCUGGGCCAGCAACCCGUGCAGCCUUCACACCAACCACCGCCAUAACUCGUAUUACCCAGACCACUGCAGAGUGCCAGCCCUGACUUUCCCGAAAGCGUCUCCUCCAAACAGCCCUCCGGCCAUGGUGUCCUCGUCCUCCCCUACCUCCAUGAGUGCAUACAGCCUGAGUUCCCUGAACAUGGGGACUUUACCUCGAAGCCUCUACUCCACCAGCCCACGAGGAACCAUGAUGAGGAGAAGACUGAAAAAGAAAGACUUCAAAAGCUCAUUGUCUUUAGCCUCUAGCACUGUGGGAUUGGCUGGACAGGUUGUUCACACGGAAACCACGGAGGUGGUCCUGACAGCUGAUCCUGUCACGGGCUUUGGACUCCAGCUGCAGGGCAGCGUGUUUGCCACGGAGACGCUCUCCUCCCCACCUCUGAUUUCCUAUAUUGAAGCUGACAGCCCCGCAGAGAGAUGUGGGGUGCUACAGAUUGGAGACAGAGUAAUGGCCAUUAAUGGAAUCCCAACAGAAGACAGCACCUUCGAGGAAGCCAAUCAGCUCCUGCGAGACUCUUCCAUCACAAGCAAAGUCACACUGGAGAUCGAAUUUGAUGUUGCAGAGUCUGUCAUCCCAAGUAGUGGAACAUUUCACGUGAAACUGCCUAAGAAGCACAGCGUGGAGCUGGGAAUAACCAUCAGCUCACCAUCCAGUAGAAAACCCGGGGACCCUCUUGUCAUUUCAGAUAUCAAGAAAGGCAGCGUGGCACACAGAACCGGAACUCUGGAGCUCGGGGAUAAGCUGCUCGCCAUAGAUAACAUCCGGCUGGACAACUGCUCCAUGGAAGACGCGGUCCAGAUCCUCCAGCAGUGUGAAGAUCUGGUGAAGCUCAAGAUCCGCAAAGAUGAAGAUAACUCAGAUGAGCAAGAAAGUUCUGGAGCGAUUAUUUAUACGGUGGAACUGAAGCGCUAUGGGGGGCCCCUGGGCAUCACAAUUUCAGGAACUGAAGAACCGUUUGAUCCUAUAAUCAUCUCAAGCCUCACUAAAGGGGGAUUAGCUGAAAGGACUGGAGCAAUCCAUAUCGGAGAUCGAAUCCUAGCCAUCAACAGCAGCAGCUUGAAGGGGAAGCCUCUGAGUGAAGCCAUCCACUUGCUACAGAUGGCAGGAGAGACUGUCACCCUGAAAAUCAAGAAACAGACAGAUGCCCAACCAGCAUCAAGUCCCAAGAAGUUCCCCAUCCCCAGCCACUCGAGUGACCUGGGAGAUGGUGAAGAGGACUCCUCCACAAUACAGAAGCCUGGCAAGCUCUCCGACGUGUACCCUUCCACGGUGCCCAGCGUGGACAGUGCUGUGGAUUCCUGGGAUGGGUCUGGAAUCGAUGCCAGCUAUGGGAGUCAAGGUACCACUUUUCAGACUUCAGGAUACAAUUUCAACACCUAUGAUUGGAGGAGUCCAAAACAAAGAGGCAGCCUGUCUCCGGUCCCCAAGCCUCGAAGCCAGACUUAUCCAGAUGUGGGGCUGAGUAACGAAGACUGGGAUCGGUCCACAGCCAGCGGCUUCGCAGGGGCCUCAGACAGUGCAGAGGCUGAACAAGAGGAAAACUUCUGGUCUCAAGCACUGGAGGACCUGGAGACCUGUGGCCAGUCGGGGAUCCUGAGAGAACUUGAGGAGAAAGCUGACAGGCGUGUGUCAUUGAGAAACAUGACUCUCUUGGCAACAAUCAUGUCGGGGAGCACCAUGAGUUUGAAUCAUGAGGCUCCAACGGCCCGCACUCAGCUGGGGCGGCAGGCCAGCUUCCAGGAACGGAGCAGUUCACGGCCACACUACAGCCAAACGACCCGCAGCAACACUCUGCCUUCAGAUGUGGGCAGGAAGUCAGUAACCCUGAGGAAAAUGAAACAAGAAAUUAAGGAGAUCAUGUCCCCAACUCCCGUGGAACUUCACAAGGUGACCUUAUACAAGGACUCUGGCAUGGAGGACUUUGGGUUCAGCGUGGCAGAUGGCCUGCUGGAGAAAGGAGUGUAUGUCAAGAAUAUCCGCCCAGCUGGGCCAGGUGAUCUUGGUGGCCUGAAGCCCUAUGACAGGCUCUUACAGGUUAACCACGUCCGGACGAGAGACUUUGACUGCUGCCUGGUCGUGCCGCUCAUAGCCGAAUCUGGCAACAAGCUGGACCUGGUCAUUAGCAGAAACCCACUGGCCUCCCAGAAGUCGAUAGAACAGCAGGCUCUGCCGGGAGACUGGAGCGGACAGAACAGUGCUUUCUUCCCGCAGCCCAGCCACGGUGGUAAUCUAGAGACCCGAGAACCCACUAACACAUUAUAG